GCUAAACUUGUAGUCUAUGUUUUUAGUUUACUUUGCAGAAGUUGCUGGGGAGCAGAUCAUUUAGUUAUCCUGAUUUCCUAAGCUGACUUUCAACUUCACUUUGGGGCAAGUCUUUCCCUGCAGUAAGGACAGUUCUUAACAGAGACUGGUGGUGCUGUACUUCUCUGCCUCCAAGAAAGAUCCAAACCAUGAGACUAUCAGCAAGAAUUAUCUGGUUUAUGUUAUGGACUGUUUGUGUAGCACAAGAUUCAACAGGGAAAUGUGGGCCCCCUCCACCUAUUGACAAUGGGGACAUCACCUCCUUCCCUUUACGAAUAUAUGAACCAUCAUCGUCAGUUGAAUAUCAGUGCCAGUCCUUGUACCAACUGCAGGGCAACAAGAAAAUAACAUGUAGCAAUGGAGAGUGGUCUGAGCCACCAAAAUGUUUACACCCAUGUGUAAUUUCAGAAGAGAUCAUGAAAAGACAUAACAUAACUUACAGAUGGAUAAGAGGCCAGAAGCUCUAUUCCAAAUCAGGAGACUAUGUCAAAUUUUCAUGUAUAAGUGGAUAUAAAGAGGCAAAUGAAUCACCUCCAUUUCAUACAAUGUGCAUUGAUGGUCACAUCAAUUAUCCAAGUUGCACAAAAAAAAGUUCUUGAUUUAGUGGCUGAAUGGAUCUCUGUUUAGAAAUAAUCAUGCAUAUUACUAAUAGAGUUUCAAUUUAUGUUUGAAGUAUUGUUUAACUCAUUUCUUCUUAUAAGUGUAAAUUUGUAUUGAUAUAUAGUGAUUAAUUUGGAGCCUGAGAAAUAACUGCCACAAAUGCAAAACAGCUCAUUAAAAGCUCCUAUGUGCCUUAAAAUUCAGAAUGUGGUGUAUUCUAGCAAAAUAAUCAAUAGAAAAAAUAGAUGCAAGGACUUCAGUGUCUAUUUCUACCCAUAACUUUUCAUAAUCUCUCCAAUCUUCUCAACACAUUCUGAUCAAAUCUUCUGAUUGAUGGUGAAAAGAAAGCAUAUUAUUUCAUCUUUAAAUUAGUAUAUAUGUAAUAAUCAAACUGUCACAUUUAACAUUACUUAUGAAUAUAAGUAAUUGCUACAUACUACUUUUGUAUUAAUAAACAAAUCAAAGAAA